GGUCAUUUUUGUCAGGGCCCUUUUUGUAACCGAACAAUUGUUCCCUCAGUGUGGCCAAGGAAAUAAGCUUUAAAUUCUAUUUUUAGAUUUAAAAUAAUUUUAAAUAGAUAUCUUCGUAUUUGAAUAAACAUUGUUGAACGACUCUCAACCAAAAAAGUACAAAAUUAUGUUGUGUGAAAUUGGGCAUUAAAAGUUCAUUGCCAAGUUGUUUGUAGGCAUGCAUGGCGUGCAGGUAUUUUCUGUAGAUGUUAAAUACGUUCACUCCUUUCCUCUCCACUCGCACUUGUCAGGUAAUCGAACGAAAUCGAAAAAUGCUGAUGAAAGUAGCAGGCCCUGCGGUGACGAGCAAUUAAUUAACAGUCUCAAACUGAUCAUUUUCAAUUACGUCAAUUAUGUCAAAGGGCUUUCAGGCUCUACAUGGAAUAGACAAAACAAGGGCAGUGUUCGAGCUUUUAAGGCUGCCGUUGUGAACGCCAGUCUUAAUCCUGCAUUGGUCAAGUUUAUAGCUUCAAUUUCACAAUAAGCAAGCUGUCUCGCUUUUCCCCAAAAUGUCUGUUAAUCAGACGAGCUAAUAUUGGCAGUGCCAAAAAUAUAUUGUUGUUUACAUACUAUUGAACUCGCCAAAAGUAACCAACUAAUGAUAAAAAAAACGAGAGAACUGAAAGACCCACCCUGGCUUACAAUGAAAUGCCAAAUAUCGAUCCUGUGAUGUUGCGCAAAAGCCGCGAAAGCGAUUGAAUUUAUAAUCAGGGGGUGCAUGAAGAUAUAACAAUUGCUUGAGGGAGGGGAGGGGGUGGCUACUAAUGUAAGUUUUGAGAGCCAACUGACAGACCCAGACCCCUUGUAUUUUCGAACAAAUGAAGGCUUCUCUAACCUGCUUGUCGCGGACCCAAAAUGGCGCCCAAAUGUUACUUUAGAAAUUAAAGAUAACGCAAUUUUAGGUUACCAGAAAAAAGAAAACGGUCAAAAAUUAUUUGAAAAUCUGAAUAAAGUGUGAAACGUGGCAGCAAAGUUUAUUAACGUAACGAAAAAGUAUCUAAAGCCAUAUUAAAUGCGAAAAUUUAACCACAAAGUGGCUAAAAAUUUGAAAUAUGUCGAAUAGAAGACGCCAAUCUUGAAGUCAACAAACAUCAAUAAAAGAUUCAACUGGUCUUGAGUGGAAAGUGAGAACCAUUGUCUUUCAUCCAAUCAGAUUGAAGAUUCCUUUGUGUUCACGUGGUAAACUCAAAAUUCUAUUUUUGGCUGUGUUUGAAACCGGACUCGAAGAGUUUGUAUAUGUAUGCUUCUUGUCUUACCUGUUGGCUUACAGUGUUCCAGGGCAACUUUAAAUUUCAUAGGUUUACUCUUGCUGACAUUGUGUUAACCGUUUCUUCGUGAUUUGAAUUCCUGUGCACUCUCCGCAGUGUAAACUGUUUGAGAAAAUCGAGCCUGGAAUUCCCGCGUUACUACGCUACGAGCGAUAAUUUUACCCGAAUUCCGGUUGUUUGGUGCUCAAGAAGCAAACGAGAGGAUUGAGUUUUAAGUGAUAAAACACCGUUGUAAUUGUAUAGAAAGGAGAAGAAAGCCCGGCAACUGGCGUAUGGAAUUAUGGCCAUGACGUCGCUUCUUUCAGCUGAACGGUUGUGUCAGACCUGAAUAUAAAGAACCACAAGGCCUUCGCUUGGCGUGGAAGCUUCGAAAGUUUUUAAUUUGGCGUGGCGUAAUCAUCCAAGAAAUAGAAAUUAAACGUACACUGUUUUCUUCUCAACAUGGCUCCGGUAUCCUGGGCUGGGAUUUCAACAAGGUAGUGUAUUGAUAAAACCUGUAAAAUGGAUGAAGACGAGCAGGAUGUUUACGUGGCACAGCUUCAUGAAGUAUUCGACAGUUGUGACCACUCUGGAAAGGGUUUCCUCAACAGGAGCGAGCUUGUCGAGUUAUGCAAAAAACUACAGCUCGAUGACCAAGUUCCACAACUGCUACAGCAGUUAUUGGGGAGCGAAGAGGCUGAAGGGCAGGUGACAUUUGAUGACUUCAAAGAAGGAUUUGUAGCUGUGCUGUCUCAAGCAAUUGAACAAUUAUCCUCUAGUGAGGAUGAAGAGCAACCAUCUGAUUCUACUGCAGAACCACCCAAGCUAGUGGUAAAUGAGAAGCGUUAUGGAAGAUGGUCACGACCCGAUGCAUCUUACUCAGAAGAUCUGUACUCUGCUGAUGAUGAGAGCAUGAUUGAAAGUCGGCCGGAGAGCCGUCUGAGUGACUCUCAUCUCACAUCAGAAGUAGAUCACCACGAGGCCCCUACACGAGAGGAAAAGCCUAAGUUAAAGAGAAGACUAUCAAGCAGAAAGAGUAGCCUGAGGAACAGUAUACGUCGUCACAACUCCAAGCAAAGGAAGUCACGUGAAGACUCUGUGAUUGUGAAUGACUCAGAUGGAUUGGAUGGAGGAGGACCAUCGAGUGCAUCUCCUCAUCCCAAUGGAGUUAAUUCAGGGUAUGAGUCACCCAGUGAAGAAGAUCAGUUGCGAGCAAUCUGGAAUGAAGUAAAUGUUGGUGCGACUGGUUUUCUGGACAAACAUGAACUGUCAGUGGUGUGCGAUCACAUCGGCAUGGACUCCAUGAAUGAACAGGAGCUGGCUCUCCUGUUUGAGGAGCUGGAUGAAGAUGGUGAUGGUCAUGUGAGCUUUAAUGAGUUUCUUCAUGGUCUGUUUGCGGCUAAGGACUUUCAACAAUCUGACAUAGAGCCUGAGUGGGAGCAGCAGCAGCAGUCCACACCUUACAAUCAGGCACCACCAGCAAACUUCACUUCCAAAGGUCAGAGAAGAUCACUCAACCAAGACGACUCUUUUUUCCUAUCAAGAACGGGUGGAAGCAGUUCAACAUUUGAUCUUUUUACACUUCUAGAUCCAGAAAAUACAGGUUUUACUAAAAAAGAAGAUAUUAAAGAGACCUGGCUGGCCCAGGGAUUAAACGAGGCCAUUCCGCUUCUAGAGGACCUAGAGAUGGACGUGGAAGGUAAAGUGAGUCUUCAUCAAUUAACCAACUUACUGGAAUCUGUUGUGGAGGAGCAGAGUGACGGUCUACCAAAAGCGGUUGUGAAUAUCUACAAACACGAAGUUAUCCAUCUAAAGUCUCAGGUAGAGUCAGUAGUCGCCGAACGAGAUGCUCUCAAGGAGAAUCUGUCUAAAUUCACGGAAGAGAAGGAGAUGCUUAUUGUCGAGAGCGAGGAUACUGCACAGAAAUUAGAAAAACUACACGAGACGAAAAUGAGGGAUCAAGAAAAUCUCUACACGGAAAAGAUGCAGAACUUGCAGCAAACACUGGUAGAAGAACGAGACAAAAUUUUACAGAACGCUAGUCAACAAAGGUCCGUGCUAGAAGAAUCACUUCACAGCACUAAGACCGAAGAACAGCGUCUAAGAACCAAACUGGCUGAAGCCGAAGAGGAAAUCUUGCGGCUCGAGAAAGCGCUAUCAGAAUCUCAGGAGAAACUCGUCGAAUCGGAAAACGUCCGAGAGAGACUGGAGAAAGAAUUGGAAUCCAUGUCAGAUCUGUCAAGCAGGCUGGCUGAAGUCGAGAAGCAGCAGCUGCUGAAACAACAGCAGAAUCAGAAAAACAGCAAAACCGUCAGGGAAAUGGAGCGAAUAAACCGAGAACUUCGAGACGAAAACGACGAACUGCGUCUCCAGUGCGAGGCUCUGACUCAACAGGUCAACAGCUCGGUCAAACGACGACCCAGUCAUAGGAAACGACAAGACAGCCAGAAGGUGCAUCGGCACGGCUCGGUACUCUCCGAUUACACCAAGCCCACGGUCAUUAAGCGGAAUAAGGAGGGUGUGACGUCAUCCGAUGAGUCAGAUACCGCUGACCAGCCAGACGGUACGCGUGUUCCUUCUGUGCGAGUCAGCGGUGAUGGCGGGUCAAAUGAGGACGCGGACGACUCCCCAGAACUGGAAGAAAAACGCAAAGUUAUCGAGAAGCUUGAGAGCGAACUGAAGGAAAAGGAAGAGCAGAUCAUGAGCCACAAAGCCAGAGUCGAAGAACAAGAAUCUUCGCUUAGCGAGCAAGAAAAACUCCUGUCCGACCAGAAAGUCUCCUUAACGGAGUUCCAAGGGAAAGUCCAACAGCUUGGUGAGCAGGUGAGAGAACAGGAAGCACAACUGAAGGCCAAAGAGGCCACCAUCCAAGAACUCAAGAACGACAUUGAAAGUCUGACGGGUUCCCUUAACUCUGACAGCCAAGAAACGAGGAAAAGAUAUGAUACCGAGCUGGCGAACCUUACUGCACAGUUUACUGGUGAGAUGGAAGGACUACAGAAAAACUUCAACUUAGAGAAAGAACAGUUGGAGAAAGAGUAUCAGGAUAAGAUGAAGGAUAUGGAACGUUCGCUGAAGAGCGAGCAGGAGAACCUUAAGGAUGAACUAGAGAGUGGUUUUAGACAGGAAAGAGAGCUGCUUAUAUCUGAGUACGAAAGUGAGAAAACUGAGAUGGCGGAGGAGCAUAGAGGCGAGAAAGAAAUGCUCGAGAGGUUGUUUAAAGGAGAGCUGGAGAACGAGAAGAACAAAAUGGAAAUGGAGGAGAAACGGCUGGUGGAGAAACUACAAGCCAUAGAGACGGAAAAGACCGAAGUGGAGCUAAAGUUGAUGAACGAGAAAGCAGAACUUGAACAACAGUUUAGGAUAGAGAAGGCCGAGUGGGAACUACAGAACAGCACCAAGGCAGCGGCAAUGGAGAAGAGCGAAUACGAUUGGACAAUUUUAAAAUCGGAACUCGAGAGCGCGCACCAGCAGCAAAUAAGUACGCUGGAGAAUAAGUUUAAGAAAGAGAAAUCCAAAAUGGAGGAAGAAUUCUCUAACGAAACAUGGGACCUGAAACAGGCUCAUGUCAAGGAAGUGGGAAGCCUGAAGCAAAGUUUUGUCGAGCAAAAAGCGGAACUUGAGCAGAAAUUUGCCCGAGAAAAGGCGGAGUUACGAGAAUCGUUUACCCGAGAGAGGAAUGAGCUUGAACAGAGGUUUGCCCGAGAGAAGGUCGACUUGAAGGAGAAUCUUGAAAAUGAUCACAAUCAUACAAUGGCGAUGAGAGAGGCCGAAUUGAAAAACGGUUUCCUGAAGGAAAAAGCGACUUUGGAGAAACAAUUCGACGAGGAACGAGUUAAAAUCGAGGAAGGCUUUCACGAAAAUUCGACGCAUAGUGAAUUGGCUUUUCAAAAGUGGAAAGCGGAACUUGAAGAACAUUACACAGAAGAAAAAGCGAAACUUUUACAGAACGGUGCUCGAGAAAAGGCUGAACUUGAAACACGAUAUAAAGAUCAAAUCACCGAGCUGCAACAGGCGUUCACCGAUGGAGAGGCUGGGCUGAAAGGGCAGCUCAAAAACGAUUUCUUGUGCUUGCUAGCGAAACACAAGGCAGAUUUAGAAGAGAGCUUUUCCAAGCAAAAGGCGCAGCUAGAGGAAAGUUACUUGCGUGAAAAGGAAGCAUUUGAAAAGAGCGGGACAGUAGGUUUGCAGGAAGUACGGGAAAGCUAUUCUCGCGAGAGAAGCGAGCUUGAAGAGAGCUACCAGAGAAAAAUCAAGGACCUUCAGAAAAAUUACAUGCGAGAAAAGCAAGAGCUAGAAGAAGAAUAUGUACAGGAAAAGAUUGCACUCCGGUCGCAGUUAGAGAAAGAGUACGCCACGAAACUGAAAACCGAAACCGGUCUGCUCGAGCAAACUGUUAAACAUCUGCAAGAUGAGAUUAAUUUCCUCAAGGAGCAGAAGCGAGAGCUUGAAGCUAAAGUUCAAACGCUCGAGCUCAAAACUUUAACCCGCAGCGACAAAGAAGUCAUGGAACUGAAACUAACUCGCGAGAAACUGGUCGAGCUUGAAACCAAGGUAGACUCGCUGGAGAAAGAGAAGGGGCUCAUUCUGGAAAACAGCAUUAAAGAAAUCACAGAACAGAAAGUCCACCUGGAUGAACUACAAAGGGAGAAGGCAGCCAUGGAAAAGGAAGCUUUGGAAAGAGAAAGAGAACUACUGGAGGCCGAGAAGGUGAAGAGUGAAGGAAUGGGAAGUGAAGUCAAGGAACUUAAACUUAAGGUCGACGAGAUGGACGUGCUUUUAAAUCUUCGAGCCUCCGAAGUCGACGAUUUAGAAGCGAAAGUUCGCGAGCACAGUUCGGAAAACGAGAAGCUGAGAGAAACUUUCGGGAGCAUGGAGCCCGAGCUUCAAGAGACCAAACUGAGAGUUCAAGAACUGGAAGUCAGUUUAAAUUUAAGCAUUUCAGAAAAAGAACAGCUACAGGAGAAAUUAAAGGAGAGAGACUCUCAGCUGAAUGGUUUGGCUUCAACCGAGACCGAGCUUAAAGAUAUCAAGAACAAAAGUCAGGAAAUAGAGGACAUGUUACGCACUCGCGAUCGUGAAAACCAGGAAUUGAACAAGAACCUACUGGAAAACAAUUCUGAGCUAGAAAACGAAGUGGCGGAGCUCCAGAGCGAUUUGAGAAAAUCCAUGGUCAAGACGAAAGAGCUUGAUGCGUUAUUAACUGUCAAAGAAAGUGAAAACCAGGCGCUGGAGAAGAAGGUCAAUGAGUUCAACAAACAGAAGACCGAGCUUGAGGACAGGAUCUCUCAGCUGGUCAAUCAGCUGGCAGAUGCAGAAACAGUUCGACUCCAAGAACUGCAAACGCGCGUCUCACUCUGGGAGACUGAAAACAAGGAUUUGGAACAAAGGCUGAACCAGCGCAACAAUCACAAUUUCGAGUUGGAACAGAAGGUGAGACAGCUGACUCAAAAGAUCGCAGACAAGGAUGACAUCAGGGUGAAGGAACUAGAGCGCAUGCUUGCCGUGCGGGAAAGUGCGUACCAGGCCCUCGAGGGAAGAUUCGAGCAGCGCGGGGACGAAACAGGCCAACUAGAGAAACAAGUAACACAGCUGACUCAAAAGCUUGCUAACAUGGAAAACAUCAGACAGAAGGAGUUUGAGGCAGAGCAGGCCAAAAAUGAUCUCAUCACAAUGGAAAAGAAGCUGGAAGAUAUCCAAGGAAAGAAACAGGUUUUGGAAAAGGUUCUGAAAGAAAAGAACGCUAAAGCGAACAACCUUCAGGAAGAGGUGUAUGUGCUUAAAGAGAGACUCGCUAAUGCACAGUCGACCCACAAGAGAGAAUUGGAGACUGAAAAGCAGAAGGCAACACUUGCGAAUACCGAGAUGACAACCAUGAAAUCGCGCCAUCAACGUGAAGUAGGCGAGUUGAAAGAACAGCUUCAUCGAGCCAAUAUGGCGAGCGAACGGGAUCAGGCGCUCAGGGAAAAAGUUUUCAACGAGGCGAAAGUGGAGGUUAUGGCACUCAGCAAAAAGGUUCUUUAAAUUCUU